CUUCGGCUCCUGGGGCCAUGGCUCUGAGGGAGCUCAAAGUGUGCCUGCUGGGGGAUACGGGAGUCGGUAAAUCGAGCAUUGUGUGGCGAUUUGUGGAAGACAGCUUUGAUCCAAAUAUCAACCCAACCAUAGGGGCAUCCUUUAUGACCAAGACUGUCCAGUACCAAAAUGAGCUACAUAAAUUCCUAAUCUGGGAUACAGCUGGACAAGAACGAUUUCGUGCCUUGGCACCAAUGUACUAUCGGGGGUCGGCUGCAGCCAUCAUCGUUUACCACAUCACAAAAGAAGAGACGUUUUCAACACUGAAGAACUGGGUGAAAGAGCUUUGCCAGCAUGGCCCACCCAAUACUGUAGUCGCCAUUGCCGGAAAUAAGUGCGAUCUUAUCGAUGUCAGAGAAGUCAAGGAGAGAGAUGCCAAGGACUACCCGGAUUCCAUUCAUGCGAUUUUUGUAGAGAGGAGUGCAAAAAAUGCCACAAACAUAAAUGAACUCUUUAUAGAAAUCAGUCGAAGAAUUCCAUCCACCGAUGCCAGCCCGCCAUCUGGCGGCAAGGGCUUCAAACUCCAAAGACAGCCGUCAGAGCCAAGGCGAAGCUGCUGCUGAGGAGCCGGUGCCUCUCAGACCUGACCAUGAAGCAGGUGGUCCUGGACGUUCGCAAGAGAGCUGGGGUCCCCACCACCGGGAGCUGCCCAGCACUCUCGAGUCUUCUUGGUGCAUAAAGGACUCACAGAAACUGGCCUGUUCAUUUUGUCUUUGAGGACG